GAGAGCGCGAGACAGCGCGAGCCUCCGAGAAAGCGCGAGACGCGCCGGCGCGUGCAGCUGCCGCCCCGCCGCCUCAGAGCCCCCGGCGCUGCCCUGCGCCGCCAGCGGAGGAGCAGUCCCAGUUAUUUAUGCCGCUGUAGUUCGGUGCGACCCCCCCCCUCCCCGCCGGUGCCUGCCGCGGCGUCCCUUCUCCUCGGCGCGCGCGCGCGCUCACACCCACCACACACACGCACGCACGCGCGCACAUACACCCCCCCACCCCACCCCCCCAUUCCCGGCGGCAGCCGCACAGACUUUGUGCGCGGUUGCGUGGGUUGGGGCUUUCGGCGGCGCCUCUCCUCCUCGGGGGCACCCUCCUCCGGACGCCCCGUUCCGCGCCUCGCUCUUCCCGAUUAAAUAUAGAAAUCCAUCGACCCUUCAUCCUGAUCCAUACGAGAAAUAGGAGAAAAGCCUGGAAAAAAGAGUAUAAUAAGGGGGAAAAAAAGAACAAGGCACUUGUACCUCUGAAGAAAGAAUUGAAGACGAGAACUCCUUGCAUCUACUAAUGCUCAUUGUAAUGUGAUGCUGGGCCUGAACAUACUUAAUAACUCCCGUUCAAGGUUGAAUUAGGAAGUUUUGUGCAGACGUGGAAGAAGCAGGUAUUAAGUCAUGAUGCAGGAAUCUGCGACAGAGACAAUAAGCAACAGUUCAAUGAAUCAAAAUGGAAUGAGCACUCUAAGCAGCCAAUUAGAUGCUGGCAGCAGAGAUGGAAGAUCAAGUGGUGACACCAGCACAGAAGUAAGCACAGUAGAACUGCUGCAUCUGCAACAACAGCAGGCACUACAGGCAGCAAGACAACUUCUCUUACAGCAGCAAACAAGUGGAUUGAAAUCUCCAAAGGGCAGUGAUAAACAGAGACCACUGCAGGUGCCUGUGUCAGUGGCCAUGAUGACUCCCCAGGUGAUCACCCCUCAGCAAAUGCAGCAGAUUCUCCAGCAGCAAGUACUGUCUCCCCAGCAGCUCCAAGCACUUCUUCAGCAGCAGCAAGCAGUCAUGUUACAGCAGCAACAACUACAAGAGUUUUACAAGAAACAGCAAGAACAGUUACAUCUUCAGCUUUUGCAGCAGCAGCAGCAGCAGCAACAACAGCAGCAACAGCAACAGCAGCAGCAACAGCAGCAACAGCAGCAGCAGCAACAGCAGCAGCAGCAGCAGCAGCAGCAGCAGCAACAGCAGCAGCAUCCCGGAAAGCAAGCAAAAGAAAGUCAACAGCAGCAGCAGCAACAGCAGCAGUUGGCAGCACAGCAGCUUGUCUUCCAGCAACAGCUCCUCCAGAUGCAACAGCUCCAGCAGCAGCAACAUCUGCUGAAUCUCCAGCGUCAGGGACUCAUUUCUAUCCCACCUGGCCAAUCUGCUCUUCCUGUCCAGUCUCUGCCACAAGCUGGCUUAAGUCCUGCUGAGAUUCAGCAGUUAUGGAAAGAAGUGACUGGAGUUCACAGUAUGGAAGACAAUGGCAUUAAACAUGGAGGGCUAGACCUCACUACUAACAAUUCCUCCUCUACUACCUCCUCCACCACUUCCAAAGCAUCACCACCAAUAACUCAUCAUUCUAUAGUGAAUGGACAGUCUUCAGUUCUAAAUGCAAGGCGAGACAGCUCAUCACAUGAGGAGACUGGAGCCUCUCAUACGCUCUAUGGCCAUGGAGUUUGCAAAUGGCCGGGCUGUGAAAGCAUUUGUGAAGAUUUUGGACAGUUUUUAAAGCACCUUAACAAUGAACAUGCUUUGGAUGACAGAAGUACCGCUCAGUGUCGGGUGCAAAUGCAGGUUGUGCAACAAUUAGAAAUACAGCUUUCUAAAGAACGUGAACGUCUUCAAGCAAUGAUGACCCACUUGCACAUGCGACCCUCCGAGCCCAAACCAUCUCCAAAACCUCUAAAUCUGGUGUCUAGUGUCACCAUGUCGAAGAACAUGUUGGAGACAUCCCCACAGAGCUUACCUCAAACCCCUACCACACCAACGGCCCCAGUCACCCCGAUUACCCAGGGACCCUCAGUAAUCACCCCAGCCAGUGUGCCCAAUGUGGGAGCCAUACGAAGGCGACAUUCAGACAAAUACAACAUUCCCAUGUCAUCAGAAAUUGCCCCCAACUAUGAGUUUUAUAAAAAUGCAGAUGUCAGACCUCCAUUUACUUAUGCAACUCUCAUAAGGCAGGCUAUCAUGGAAUCAUCUGACAGGCAGUUAACACUUAAUGAAAUUUACAGCUGGUUUACACGGACAUUUGCUUACUUCAGGCGUAAUGCAGCAACUUGGAAGAAUGCAGUACGUCAUAAUCUUAGCCUACACAAGUGUUUUGUUCGAGUAGAAAACGUGAAAGGAGCAGUAUGGACAGUGGAUGAAGUAGAGUACCAGAAGAGAAGGUCACAAAAGAUAACAGGAAGUCCAACAUUAGUGAAAAACAUACCUACCAGUUUAGGCUAUGGAGCAGCUCUUAAUGCAAGUUUGCAGGCUGCCCUGGCAGAGAGUAGUUUACCUUUGCUUAGUAACCCAGGACUGAUAAAUAACGCAUCCAGCGGUUUACUGCAGGCAGUCCAUGAAGACCUCAAUGGUUCUUUGGAUCACAUUGACAGUAAUGGAAAUAGCACUCCGGGUUGCUCUCCCCAGCCUCACAUACACUCAAUCCAUGUCAAGGAAGAGCCAGUGAUUGCAGAGGAUGAAGACUGCCCAAUGUCCUUAGUGACAACAGCAAAUCACAGUCCAGAAUUAGAAGAUGAUAGAGAGAUUGAAGAAGAGCCUUUAUCUGAAGAUCUGGAAUGAAUAAAGACUUGAGAAACCUCAGAAUGAAGGGACAUGUCACUGACCUUCAUAACCACUCCACAACCAUGAAUAUUUGACAAAUUUUUACUGUGACUAUUUAUUAAGCAUGGAUAAAGGAGACAGCCCUAAAGGAACUUAUUAAGCCAGCCCUUUGGGAUCCAGUAACAAACAGGCAAAUUGCUUGUUUUCUUCUUCUUCUUCUUCCUUCCUUUUUUUUUUUUU